AUGGAAUAUGCGCCUGGAGUUGGCGCUGAUACUCAAUGGUUUAAUACAACAAAAUACCAAAAGCAUGCAUUGGCUACUGGAAUAGUUGAUAUUGAAACCAAACUUUUCACUAUCCCAUUUUCAUCGACUGGAAGUCUGUAUUUCAAGACAGAUAUACCUCCUGAGUUACAAAGUGACCUAUAUGCACCAGAGACACCAGGCAAUGACGAGGAUUCUCGAAAAUACUGCAUAGGGCCGAUUGUCGAUUAUAUGUUUUGGUACGGGAAACGGAGUGAACUGGAUAUUUAUCGUGGGCCAUGGAACGACUCAAAAAAGUACCUUGCUGCUGUUGCUGAAAAAGAGGUCAAGUGGAUAGAAAAGUUCGGAAAACCUCUUGAGUGCGAUUUCCCACAUAAUACAGUUUUCCCUGGCAUGAAUUCCCAUGAGGACUAUCUGAGCCUUCUUAAGAAGUAUCUUAUGAUUACUCCUUACCUACUCCCACAGGACAUGAAGAGUGCCUUGAACAAACCAACAAUACGCCAUCCUGACCUAACACCUAGCAAUGUCUUUAUCUGUCCUGAUACUCACCAAGUGAAAUGUAUCAUUGACUGGCAACACACAUCCAUUAAGCCUUUAUCUCUCAUCGCGGGAUACCCAAGGCUUUUUGAAAAUCCGGAUGCAGAACUUUCUAAAGAUUUGAAACCGCCUAGUUAUCCGGAGGACUACAAUACCAUGGACCCGGAAGCGAAGGCUAACGCUGAUGAGCUUUUCCGACGUCAGAGCCUCUUCUACCUCUAUCGUGUUUUCAAUGGAGGGCGUAAUAAGGUGCAUCUCAAAGCUAUGCAAGAUCCAUUCUAUUUACUACGCCAACAUCUUGUGGAAUCAGCAGGGAGGCAGUGGGCUGGAAAUCUUAUGACACUACGUGGCGCCCUCAUGAGUACGUGCAAUUCCUGGUCUUAUGCAUCUGGGCAGGACAGCCAAAGUGGAUGCCCUAUUAGCUUCUCGGAAGAUGAGAUCCGUAAGCAGACGGACGACGACCCAAUGUGGUGCAACCUGAAUGCCCUCGUCAGUCAUUGGCGUGAGGAGCUUGGUGGGCUCACUGAAGAAGGAUGGGUUCGAACAGAGGCCUAUGAUGAUGCUGUUAAACGAAACCAGUCGUUGAUAGAGGAAUUCUCCGAGGGCGGCAGCACAGAUGAGCUUGGGAAAAUCAAAAGGGGAUGGCCAUUCCAGGAUCGAGAGGAGUUUUUCUAG